AUGAUUGUGGCCCGGAACAAGGAGAUUUACGAGAAUCCACCACUUCUUAAUAGUGGAAGCGAGAUGACGCAAGACACCCGAAUAUUCGCAGCUCCGAACCCAAGACCCUCACAGAGGGACCAAUUGCUCGCUCAUUUUAUCAGUUCUUUUUGCCCUGAUUACUUUCAGAUACCAGAUGAAGCAGCACGGCCGCACCACUAUUGGGUGCAACGGCUCCCAAGUCUCCAGGGCACGAGCGCCGUUCUGGACACUGCCAUGUCGACACUCGCUGCGGCCUAUCUAGGUCAGAUGCGAGGCGACCGUCAGUUACAGAUGCAGUCACUGCUCCUGUAUGAAGAAGCUGUGAAAACGAUUUCUAGGGCCAUGACCGCUCCCGCAUUUAUCGCAGAUGACUACACCCUAGCGUCGAUAAUGUGCGUGGGUAUGUCCGAGAUGUAUUCUCAGCAUCUUGGUCACGAACAUGGCUGGUUUAGCCACAACAAGGGCGGCUGCGAGCUCAUCAAGUCCAGGGGAUUAAGUAUCCUAGAGACUGAGUUGGGCCGAGACCUCUUUAUUCGCUUUCGUGUCACAGGGAUAUGGAGAGACCUUACCUUGGGGGCUUCUAAAGCAUUCCACAAGGCAAAUCAAGCAUUGGAUGCCGUCCAUUCCUCAUCUGAGACGAAGUGGUCCUUUGCUCUAGCUGAUCCAGGUAUGGCUCGGCUCUCACAAACUGCAAACCAGAGUUACUAUGACCUGCUUAUUGAGAAAAUUAUACCUAUCCCAUCGGUCCUGCAGGAUAUUUGGACCCUUUCAAUUCAGCCCAUAUGCCAGCCAGAAAAUAUUACCAGAGCUAGAGCUCUCAUUGAGCGCUCAGUCGCCAUCGCACAAUCUUUAUUUUCCUGUCAUGUCUCCAAGCAACACUAG